CCGUGUGCUCUGAAUAAAAAAAGAAAAAACUUUCAAAGUAUUAAUAAUUUUUAAUAAAUCCCAGUCCCAACAGUGUACGAACAGAAACAGAUUCCAUUGAAAUUGAAAAUCCCACAAUUUCCCUGGAAUUCUGUCUCACUUUCCCAAUAAAGCAAAACUAGCAAAAACUCUGAAUUGCUCGCUCGCUCCCAAUCCAAAUCCGAUCUCAUUGUCAGACUCAGGGUGUUUGGAUUGGUGUUGAAGAUGAUGAGCUUGUGAGUGUGUAAAUAUUAUAUACAUAUGUAUGCAAAAAUUGGGUGUUGAGGGAGUGGCAAUUUGGUAAAAAAAUGCGGUUGUUCCCGUUGAGCUCUAGCUCGAGCUCAAGCAGGGAAAAGGAUGAGAGCGAUGAAACCAAAAACCAGGCGUUGUUGUACCUCAAUGUCUAUGAUCUCACUCCCAUUAACAACUACCUUUACUGGUUCGGCCUCGGGAUCUUCCAUUCUGGUAUCGAAGUGCAUGGUUUGGAGUAUGGCUUUGGAGCACAUGAGUACUCUUCCAGUGGGGUGUUUGAGGUGGAACCAAAAAGUUGCCCUGGCUUCAUCUUCAGACGGUCAGUGUUGUUGGGCAGCACUGAUAUGUCUCGUUCAGAGUUCCGGUCAUUCAUGGAGCACCUUUCUGCAAAAUAUCACGGGGACACCUAUCAUUUGAUUGCCAAGAACUGCAACCACUUCACAGAUGAAGUUUCUCUGCAGCUAACCGGAAAGUCUAUACCAGGAUGGGUUAAUCGGCUUGCCCGAUUAGUUUCAGGUUCUUUCUGCAAUUGUCUUCUGCCUGAAAGCAUCCAAGUUACAGCAGUGAGACAUCUUCCCGAUCAUCCAGUAUAUUCUGAUGAUGAUGGGUCAGAAUCGGUUGUAUCAUCUGCAUCAGUAGAGAGUGAAGGGGAGCAAAAUCAUCAUCUCCUGACCACACCAAAUGGCGAAGUGGCUUUUCUUAAGGAAAAACCAGUGAGGCUAGCAAGGGAGCUCAUGUGAUUCUUUCCUCCAAUUCCAGUUCCAAUUCUUUUGUCUCUUGGGUCUGUCUGUUGGUUGUUCUAGUAAUGUAUGAGCUCAGGUGUAUCAGUGAACAUGUCUCAAGUAAAUUUUUCUAAAAUUUUAAUAUAUGUUUCCUGGUACAAUAUUGAUGCCAAAAAGUUGUAUGUGGCCAGUAUUGUUUUGAAAUGUAUGAUUAUGCUUCAGAUAUUCCUAUAACUGCAUUAGAAGUUUGCUUAUUAGCAUGUUAGUAAUUCUUAAAUGUAAGGGCUCUUGUAUUUGCUAUUAAACUCAAAAGAAAUACUCUCAAAUUUAAUGAUGAGUAUUGCAGAUCCCAGAAAUUUGUUAUUAA